AUGGCUUCAUCGACUGAUCAUAUCCGGGACAAGUCGCCCAAUAAAUCGCCGGUGCUCGACACCAGGCCGGCUGGUAAUGAUGGGCUACGUCGUGCAGAUGGUAUAUCGGGACUUUAUGAGGGUAAUGUCUUCGACGCUUCGCCCGACAACCGUCGCCAGAUUGGCAUUUUCAGUGCCUCGUUUCUGAUUCUGAAUCGAGUGAUCGGUACCGGUAUCUUUGCGACACCUAGUACCAUUCUGGAAUUGUCGGGCAGUGUUGGUCUCUCGUUGUUCAUGUGGGUGAUCGGCACUGUCAUCGCACUGGCUGGAACGGCCGUGUAUAUGGAAUGGGGAACUGCGAUUCCAAGAAACGGAGGUGAAAAAAAUUACCUCGAAUAUGUCUACAAGAAGCCCAAGUUUCUUGCGACAGCCAUGUUCGCGGCCUAUGUCAUCUUGCUCGGAUGGGCUGCCAGCAACAGCGUUGUUUUCGGCCAAUAUAUCCUCAACGCAGCCGAAGUUGAAGUCGGGAGGUGGAACCAGCGUGGUGUCGGACUAGCUUGUCUGACUGCUGCUUUUCUCAUCCAUUCCGUGGCCUUGAAAUGGGGUCUUCGCCUUCAGAAUUUGCUGGGUGUUAUCAAGCUGAUUAUCAUUGUGAUCAUUGUCGUGUCCGGUUGGGUUGCACUCGGCGGCCAUACAAAAGCCCCAAGACCAGACAACUUCACCAAUGCCUUUGAAGGGACCCAGGGCAGUGGUUACAGUAUUGUUAUGGCUCUAUACAACGUCAUCUGGUCUUUCAUUGGCUAUUCGAAUGCGAACUAUGCCUUGAGCGAGACUCGGAAUCCAGCCCGAACAUUGAAGAUUGCAGCCCCCGUGGCGAUCUGCUCAGUCGGUGUUUUAUACAUGCUCGUCAAUAUCGCCUACUUCGCUGCUGUUUCCAAGGAAGAAAUGCUCAGCUCCGGUAGCAUUGUGGCUGCUGUCUUCUUCCGUAACAUGGCAGGAAAGCAGGCCGAGAAAGUGAUGUCCGUCUUCGUGGCUCUCUCUGCAUUUGGCAAUGUGAUGUCCGUCAUAUUCUCCCAAGGCCGAAUCGUCCAAGAACUGGGCCGUGAAGGUGUCUUGCCCUUCUCCAAGGUCUGGGCAAGCAACUGGCCCUUCCGCUCGCCAGCUGCAGGUCUGCUCGAGCACUACAUCGUGUCAGCUGUGAUCAUGCUUGCGCCGCCCCCAGGCGAUGCAUACAAUUUCUUAGUGAACCUGAUUUCCUACCCUCUUGCGAUCGUCAACGUCUUCGUAUCCGCCGGUCUUCUCUAUGUUAAUCUCACCAAGCACAAGAACUUCCCAGACUGGGCACCUGGAGUCCGCGCGACUAUACCCGUGACAGCCUUCUUCAUGCUCUCCAACAUCUACCUUGCCAUUGCCCCGUACGUGCCCCCAAGCGCGGGCCAAAACGUGUACGACGAGCUUCCAUACUACCUGCACUGUGUGGUUGCGCUGGGUCUCUUUGCGGCAGGAGGAAUCUACUACAUUGUGUGGGCAGUCUUGAUGCCCCGGUUCGGUAGAUAUGUGCUUGUCAAGGAGACUGUUGUGGACGCCGAUGGGUGGUCUCGCAGUGUCUUCACAAAGCUGCCACAGGAGCAGGCGCAUCAGCAUUAA